ACCGCAAUCACUGCGAGUCGUGCCGUGAGCUCUGCAAACGUUUGCUGAGUGCACCCAAAGACAUAUCUAGGUGUAUGUUGUUUGACAUUAACGCUAUGGUCAAUGCAAAUGAUCCGAUCGUCAAUUCCGGCCAAUUGGUCCACAACUCGACGUUAUUCUUCGACAAAUGGCUCAAAGACAUGGAUCGACUCAAGUGUCUGUUAAAUGAGGAUCAGACGCCCGGCGCCAAUCAUUUCAGAGAAGUCCGAAAGUUGUCGGCCGUUGAGACCAAAUACAGGCACCGGUAGUGAAGGGGUGGAGGGUUUGGAUGAACUAAAAGUGAUGAUUGACUUGAAUUGUGG